CGGGCGGCGCCGCGGGGAUCCCGGGGCGGCCGAGGGCCCCUGACUCGGCUCCGCGCGGCGACAUGGAUCGGAUGGCCAGCUCCAUGAAGCAGGUGCCCAACCCGCUGCCCAAGGUGCUGAGCCGGCGCGGGGUGGGCGCGGGGCUGGAGGCGGCGGAGCGCGAGAGCUUCGAGCGGACUCAGACUGUCAGCAUCAAUAAGGCCAUUAAUACGCAGGAAGUGGCUGUGAAGGAAAAACAUGCCAGAACAUGCAUCCUGGGCACCCACCACGAGAAAGGCGCUCAGACCUUCUGGUCUGUGGUCAACCGGCUGCCUCUCUCCAGCAACGCCAUGCUCUGCUGGAAGUUCUGCCAUGUGUUCCACAAGGUCCUCCGCGAUGGACACCCGAACGUCCUGAAGGACUCUCUGAGAUACAAAAGUGAAUUGAGUGACAUGAGCAGGAUGUGGGGCCACCUGAGCGAGGGCUAUGGACAGCUCUGCAGCAUCUACCUCAAACUGCUGAGAACCAAGAUGGAGUUCCACACCAAGAACCCCAGGUUCCCGUGCAACCUUCAGAUGAGCGACCGACAGCUGGACGAGGCUGGAGAAAGUGACGUCAACAACUUUUUCCAGCUAACAGUAGAGAUGUUUGACUACUUGGAGUGUGAACUGAACCUCUUCCAGACUGUGUUCAACUCCCUGGACAUGUCCCGCUCGGUGUCAGUGACCACUGCAGGGCAGUGCCGCCUCGCCCCGCUGAUCCAGGUCAUCCUGGACUGCAGCCACCUCUAUGACUACACCGUCAAGCUCCUCUUCAAACUCCACUCCUGUCUCCCAGCUGACACUCUGCAGGGCCACCGAGACCGCUUCAUGGAGCAGUUCACAAAGUUGAAAGAUCUCUUCCACCGCUCCAGCAACCUCCAGUACUUCAAGCGGCUCAUUCAGAUCCCCCAGCUGCCAGAGAACCCACCCAACUUCCUGCGAGCCUCAGCCCUGUCGGAACACAUCAGCCCCGUGGUGGUCAUCCCUGCAGAGGGCUCAUCCCCUGACAGUGAACCCAUCCUAGAAAAGGAUGACCUCAUGGACAUGGAUGCCUCCCAGCAGAAUUUAUUUGACAACAAGUUUGAUGACAUCUUUGGCAGCUCCUUCAGCAGCGAUCCCUUCAAUUUCAACAGCCAGAAUGGCAUGAGCAAGGAUGAGAAGGACCACCUGAUCGAGGCCCUGUACAGGGAGAUCAGCGGGCUGAAAGCACAGAUGGAAAACGUGAAGGUAGAGAGCCAACGGGCCAUGCUGCAGCUGAAGGGCCGCAUCAGCGAGCUGGAGGCCGAGCUGGCCGAGCAGCAGCACUUGGGGCGACAGGCGGCUGACAACUGCGAGUUCCUGCGGACAGAGCUGGACGAGCUCAGGAAGCAGCGGGAGGACACCGAGAAGGCCCAGCGGAGCCUGACGGAGAUCGAGAGGAAGGCCCAGGCCAAUGAGCAGCGGUAUAGCAAGUUGAAGGAGAAGUACAGCGAGCUGGUUCAGAACCAUGCCGACCUGCUGCGGAAGAAUGCAGAGGUGACCAAACAGGUGUCUGUGGCCAGACAAGCCCAGGUGGAUUUGGAACGAGAGAAAAAAGAGCUAGAAGAUUCCAUGGAGCGUGUGAGCAGCCAGGCCAAACAGAAGACUCAAGAGCAGCAGGGCAUUCUAGAGAGUUUGAAGCAAGAACUUACCACCAGCAGACAGGAGCUGCAGCUCCUCCACAGCAGCCUGGACACCUCUGCCGAGUCAGAAGCAAAAUGGACAAUGAAGGUCGCUGAACUGGAGGAGGAGCGGGUCAGCUUGGCCAACACAGUGGCUCUUCGGGAAGAGGAAUUAGUAACCCUUCGAGAACAGCUGGAAGGCACACAGCUCAAACUGGCCAGUACACAGGAAUCUAUGGGCCAGCUUGCUAAGGACCAGCAGAAGAGGCUCCUGGUGGGGUCUAGGAAGGCUGCGGAUCUGGUGAUCCAGGAGGCCCUGAGCCAGAUGGAGGAGCCCGCGCUCAUCAGCUGCGCUGGAUCCGCAGAUCACCUUCUUGCCAAGGUCAAGUCCAUGUUCAGCUGCAUUGAGCAACUGGAAAAGAGCCGGGGCCAGUAUCUGGCCUGCCCAGAAGAUAUUGGUGGGCUUCUGCACUCAGUGACCCUGCUGGCCCACUUGACCAGUGAGACCCUGGCCCAUGGCAGCACUACCAGCCUCAGGGCCCCGCCCGAGCCCGCUGACUCUCUCACUGAGGCCUGUAAGCAGUAUGGCAGGGAGGCUCUUGCCUAUCUGGCCUCCCUGGAGGAAGAGGAAGCCCUGGAGAAAGCAGACAGCACCACCAUGAGGACCUGCCUCUUAAAGAUCAAGGCCAUCGGCGAGGAGCUGUUGCCCAUGGGCCUGGACAUCAAACAGGAGGAGCUGGGGGACCUCGUGGACAAGGAGAUGGCCGCCACUUCGGCCGCCAUUGAAACUGCCACAGCUCGGAUAGAGGAAAUGCUCAGCAAAUCUCGAGCAGGGGACACAGGAGUGAAGUUAGAGGUGAAUGAAAGGAUCCUCGGUUCCUGCACCAGCCUGAUGCAGGCCAUCCAGGUCCUGAUUGUGGCCUCAAAGGACCUACAGAGGGAGAUCGUGGAGAGCGGCAGGGGGACUGCAUCCCCUAAAGAAUUUUAUGCCAAGAACUCUCGGUGGACAGAGGGACUCAUCUCAGCCUCCAAAGCCGUGGGCUGGGGAGCCACCAUCAUGGUGGAUGCUGCUGACCUGGUGGUACAAGGCAGAGGGAAGUUUGAGGAGUUGAUGGUGUGUUCGCAUGAAAUUGCUGCUAGCACAGCCCAGCUGGUGGCAGCAUCGAAGGUGAAAGCUGACAAGGACAGUCCCAACCUCGCCCAGCUUCAGCAGGCCUCUCGGGGAGUGAACCAGGCCACCGCAGGGGUCGUGGCCUCCACCAUUUCGGGCAAAUCACAGAUAGAGGAGACAGACAAUAUGGAUUUCUCAAGCAUGACACUGACCCAGAUCAAACGCCAGGAGAUGGAUUCCCAGGUCCGGGUGCUCGAGCUGGAAAACGACCUCCAGAAGGAGCGGCAGCGGCUGGGAGAGCUCCGCAAGAAGCACUAUGAGCUGGCCGGCGUGGCCGAGGGCUGGGAGGAAGGAACAGAAGCGUCUCCAUCUACACUGCAAGAAGCCGUCCCCGAGAAAGAGUAGAGCCAAACCCGCGCCCCAGACGUCAGAGUUCUUUUCCGUUUCAUCCUUUGCACAAACUUGCGAGCAUUCAAGGGCCGGUGGAUUCCAAACCAGGGCGCUGCCCGCGUCAGUGACUGGGAUGGUGGGAGUAUCCUGGCCGAGAAGGCCACCGUGGCACCCCCCCUUCGGCAGUCCUGCGGAUUCCCAGUGCUUCUCAUGGUGGUCGUUUGGGUCUUUUGGUUUUAUAUUUUGAAAGUUUCAGUCACUCAGCCAACUCUUCCAAAGGACACCCCUGGAGCCCCGAGCCACUGGGCCCCCGCCCCAGCAGCCUCAGCCCUGGUGCCAUGCAGACUUUGCCUUGGUGCUCCAGCUCGGCCUCCUCGCUGAGUGUCCCGCUGAGCGAAUGCCGGUCAGCAGAGGCCAUUCACCAGGGGUGGGCCACAGCUCUCCUCAGGAGGCGGAAGCAGAGCGAGUGCCUUUCCUCCCUAAGGCUGGAGGCCAGCCGAGCACCUCUGUCCACCUUCGCAGGCAACAGGGCUCCAGGACGCCCUUCCUGGGAGCUCCCUGAAGGGGCUCACACACCUGAUCACAUGCUUGAAUGGAGCUGGUGUGCUAGCAACACUACUUCCCUAGAGAGGAUGGCCUGUGCCAUGCCGUGGCAGGCAGGCCACCUCCGGGAGACCAGGCAGGGCCCCGGGGGAGUGCAGGAGGGUUUCCAGUUCCUUCCUUCAGCAUCCUGCCUGGGCAUCCUCUUGAACCUGAAGAAGAGAGUUCCAUGUGCUACCUGAUCGACAUCUGGAAGAUCAGACCUCCACUUGCUCCCAUCAGGAAAGGACCCUUCGUAUUUAUUACUAACCUCCUUUAUGCAGCAGCGGUCCACAAAGAGAUGCUUGGAGCAAUCGCAGUCGCCAGUGUGGCUGAGGCGAGGCUUAUCUGCUGCCCUCAACACCUGUCUGUCUUCAGAGAUCACCCACAGGGCAAGGGACCAUCCCUGGGCUGUUCCUGGCUUGGAUCCCAAAGCAAGCAGGUUCCUCAGAGCAUUCGGAGCAGGGACCUGGAGAAAGGGGGACCACUGGCUCUGGCUUCUUCCAGCUACACGUUCCCAGCCCUCGCUGCCCUGUGACAGGACCUGGACAGAGGGCACAGCCGCCUAGAGAUGGACAGCCUCACAGCACUUUUCCACUCCCGAUGAACCCAGCAUUAAGUGACCUUCUGAUCUUGGAAACAACGGCGUCUUCCUUGCUUAUCUGUAGCAGCUCAUAGGUGGUCGCCAGCAGGCGCUUCCUCGGACCUGCCCCCAGAGGUGUCAGGAAGUCGGCCACAUGACGGGUUGUGAGACUUCUGUUUGAUCACUGUGAAUCAACCCCCUUUUCCUUCCCACCCACCCCCCAUGCCCUCUCCUUGCAUUUUCUAAAUGGGACACUCUAAAAAUUGUCCCCCAGGAACUCUGAUGACCGUUCUCAGGCGUGCAGCCUCUGUGCUGGGCUAAGGAGGCGUCUGUGGCAGCAUCUGGGCCGUCCUGGGUUCAGUGCCUCUCUGUGCGAAAUGUUUCUCCAUCCCAAGACUCAGAAGGCGCCGCGUGCAGUGCCCUGGCCCACUUGUGCCAGUCAAGCUGAUUGGUGCGUUCCCAGUGUGGGUCAGCCUUUCCAGAGGUGGUGGACCAAGUCCUCGCUUUUGUGGUCUACAUCAUGCACACCCACAUGUCCCAAAUUAAUCUGUUCCGAUAUGCAUAUCAGAACAGAUUAAAAUUUCCUAAAAUAACACUUGCUCUAAAAACAGUCAUUUUAAAAACCCUCCUGAGCUCAGUCAGCCCAAGUAAUAAAACAGUCAAGACGGCACUCGCCCCAGAGCACAGGCUGACCCAGUGUCACCACCUAUCAGAUGUCACUUAAUCCCUUUUAUAAUAGCUCAGAUGAGAAAUUGUGCCAUCCUCAAGCCCAAAUCAAAUUGUCUGUCUGGCUCUUCUAAAAAGGAGUGGGUGGGAAAUACCUUGGAUGAAAACAAAAAUUCCAUCUCAAAGCUGGAAAUGAACCUCACAGCCUCUUCAAUGAGUUCCUGACCUUCUUAGUAGCUGAAGUAUCAUGGGUGAAUGCAGAUGGUCCCCACACGCAGGCAGCCGCACAGUGAUGGCUUAGGAUUGGACAGCAGUUAACGCGCACACCUGCACCUGGUAUCUAAUUUUGUAAUUCAGUCCUCUAAUACCUUUAGAGUUAGCAUAUUCGUGUACAUAAUCAACAGAAAGAAAAGACCUGCUUUCUUGGGAUUAUUUGACAUCCGAGCACAAAGUUAGGUAAUAAUUUAGAUGACAUGCUGAUUCUGCUGCCCACAGCAGUAUCCCUAAGAUCCCACCUUGAAUACAAGUCCCAGGGGCUGGAAGAACCAAACGGUCCAGAGCGUCCUCUCUUAGAGUUGUUUCCGCUACCAAAUCAGACACCAAGGUUUAUAACGGGCUCAUAAGUACAUGUCAUUUUGGUCAGGCUGGUUUGCUUUGGCCUCUGGCCCCUGAGGAAGGGGGGUUCUCAGCUGGAGCCUGGGAAGUUCUCACUUCCUGGUUGGCUCCUUAGCAUAGAGGGGUCUCCUGGCUCCAUUUCAUCCUGGUUUUUAACAGCUGGUAAGUGUCUUGCUAACUACCGCCUUUCCACGUCUCUGGAAAUCCUGCCAAGGAAAGCCUUCCCAACAUGGGCCUUCCAACCAGAGUGGCUUUGCCUUCUCUCUGCCAUCUUGGUCCUGCAGAGACCGGACUUUCUGUAGCAUAGGGAUCCACCUAUGGAGCCUGCCGGCCACCAGUGCAGCAAACCAAAGCGCCAUCAGCUGCUCUUUCCUUCAUCUCCCAGGACCAGUGACACACAAUGGUGGCACUGCCUCUCUUGUGCCCCCAGGAGCCAAAGCAAUGGGAAAUAAUGGGUUAGAUGCCAUUGGAUCCAAUUCUGAGAGUAGAUCUUUCCAGACAUGUCUUUCAGGUGACCCUCAACUACCUCAGGUUUGAAAGCCCUAAAGCUGAUUACCACUAACAGGGACAAACCGAGGGGGUUUGGUUAAAUCUUGGUGAUAACACAAAUGUCUCAAACUUAUAACAAACUUAACCUUUAGGUUUGCAGGGAUGGGGUUGGGUCUGGUUUUCUUCUGUUUUUAACCUCUUCCCCAGUUCUCCAUUAGAGUAGUCCCUAUAAAUAAAUUUCAUUUUUCACUGAGUGCCUACCUUCCCAGGGCAGGUAGCCACUGGCUUUUGUUUCCUUCCAACAAUACUUUUAUUAUGGUAUUAAGAACUUUCUUUGUAUAAUACAUUGCAUCUGUGUUUUCAAUUUUUCAAAUAAAUAUUUCAGCCUGGCAA